AUAUUUAUGUAUCUUUUAGGUCCAGUUUUUAUACCAAGUGGGAGAGGUAAAAACAAUCUGCUAUUUUACAACAACUUUACAUAUAGCCGAAUAAACCCAGGCCUGUACUAUUGCUCUAAAAGGACUUCGUUAAAAUGCAGAGCUAAAGUGAAAAUGGACGAAAAGAAUUUUAUUAUUCAUGAGGCGGAUGAAGUUCAUCUUCAUGCACCGCCAAAUAUUUUUGGAAACAAAACUGGAGUAUAGGACCCAUAUUUGUCCCGACUAGAAGAGGUCACAGCCUAUUGUACUUGAACGGCAACACGUACAGUCAUCAAAUAAAUGGCAUAUACUGCUGUUCCAAGAAGCGUGUGGGUAAAUGUAGAGCCAGCGUGAAACUGGACGGGGACAGGAAUGUGAUAGUGCGAAUACGAGACACACACAAUCAUGAGGAUCCGGACUUAAACCUGAAGCUCAAUUUAUCGAUACGCAAAGAGGCAAUCUUCUCCUGCUCAACGGUUACACGUACAGCGUGAAGGGUCGCGGCAACUAUGUCUGCUCGAAGAAACAAACGUUGAAAUGUACAUCGAAAGUGAAACUUGAUGGCGAAAAUCGUAUUAUUUUUUUGCAAGAAAUGCAUGAGCACAAACCGCCUAAAAUAUACUUGAACAAAGACGGGAGAUAUAUAUGUAUUUACUAGUAGUUAUAAAUAUUGAGUGAAACGAGCGAUGAAGAAGGACCUAUACCAACAGAUUAUUUAAGAGAUACACCGAAAGACCCCGAAUUAAUUCUCCUCCCGGAGAAAGUCCCGGGAAAAAUAUUUAAGAGCGUACGAAAAUUUCAAUAAAUGGCGGCUUGACAAUAAUGAAUACAUCUUGUCGGAAACUGUACUGUUAUCGUAUUUUAUGUAUUUGUCCCAGACGAAGCAACCACCGACCAUGUGGAGCAUUUACUCAAUGCUUAAAGCCACGAUCAAAACCAAGGAUGAUGUGCACAUUGAGGAUUAUCAAGAGCUCGGAACGUUUUUGAAAGGAAUGUCAGUGGGACACAGUCCGAAGAAGUCCAAAAUGUUUACAUCAGCUGAGGUAGACAGAUUCAUAAAGGAGGCUCCAGACAUAGUGUAUCUUGGUGCCAAAGUUAUCCUCAUAUUGGGAAUAAACGGAGCGUGCCGUACGAACGAGCUCAUGAACAUUACCGUCGAUGGGGUCGAAAAACAUUCAGAUACACUGUUAUUAAUAAAAUUACCAAAGACAAGUAACAACAGAUCUUUCGUGGUUCGCGACGAAUACGUACAGAUCGUUGAGAAGUAUAAAUCAUUACGGCCACCCAAUACAAAGACGGACCGAUUCUUCUUGCAGUAUCAUAAGGGCAGAAAACAUGGCUGAGACCAGCGACGACGAGCCAAUUUUGAAUGCAUAUGUUAUGAAAGGAACAUCAAACCCGGAAUUAACUUUCCUCCCAGAGAAGUCUAGGGAAAUAUAUUUUAGAGCGUACGAUAAUUUCAACAAGUGGCGGGUUGAAAAUGACGUAAACAGUUUGUCAGAAACCGUAUUGUUAUCGUAUUUUACUCAUUUGUCCCAGACGAAGCAACCUCCGACAAUGUGGAGCAUUUACUCGAUGCUGAAGGCCACUCUGAAAAUCAAGGAAGGUGUGCACAUUGAGAACUAUUUAGAACUGAUAACGUUUUUGAAAGGAAUGCAAGUGGGACACAACCCGAAAAAGUCUAAAAUGUUUACAGCCGCUGAGAUCCAUAAGUUUAUUACUGAAGCUCCGGACAUAAUAUACCUGGGUGCAAAAGUCAUCCUCAUAAUCGGAAUAAACGGAGGUUGCCGUACGAACGAACUCAUGGCCCUUACUGUCGAUAGCGUCGAGAAACAUUCGGACACGCUGAUAUUAAUAAAAUUGCCAAGCUCAAAGACGAGCGGUAACAGAUCUUUUGUCGUUCGCGAGGAAUAUGUCAAGAUUGUCGAGCGGUACCAAGCUUUACGUCCGCCCAAUACAAAGACGGACCGAUUCUUCUUGCAGUAUCACAAGGGCAAGUGUAUAAGACAGCCUUUGGGUAUCAAUAAGAUAGGCGGGACACCGAAGGAUAUCGCAACGUACUUGAAUCUUCGAAACCCUCAGGAUUACACUGGACAUUGUUUUAGGCGAACAUCGGCCUCGCUUUUGACAGAUUCGGGAGCUGAUCUCAGCUCUAUAAAACAACAUUUCGAUCCCCGUCCGGGCACAUCAAGAGAGGCAAACGUUGAAAAUGAAACUAAGCCGAAAAUCUGGGUGUGUAUUGAUCCCCCAGAAACUUAAGUAAGUAUUCUUUCUAAAAUUAGUGGGAGACGACUCGAAAGUUAAAAAAUCGACUUCCGAAAGUCUCUUGAAUUUUUUUUAUAAUU